AUGCUUGAUUCACGGCACGGCGACCACAGGCCCAUCCAGACGAGUGCCGUCAUCGUUCUGGGCGCUUCGAAAUGUCAGUCUUUCCCACCGCCGUCUCCACCAACGCCUUCGGCUUCACCAUCGACCAAAGAGAUUGGCGACCCGGUUGAUGGCUUCAGCUUAGACGGGAAGCUGUCACGGGAGCAAUCCAUCCAGGAGAGGAGACUUCACAGUGGCAUCCACGUUUUAAAUAUCGAGGCUGCCGCAUUGGCCAAUCUCACAAAGCUAUACGAGGUUGACGCGGUCGCGCGGGACGGCUUCAAUGCCUCCAUCAAAGCCAUUACUCGCCUGGCCAAGACAAAAGGGAAGCUGGUCAUCAUCGGUGUCGGCAAAUCCGGCCACAUUGGAAAAAAAUUAGUUGCGACGUUCCAAAGCCUGGCAAUCCGUUCUGUGUUUCUCCAUCCCACUGAAGCUCUUCAUGGGGAUCUGGGCAUUGUGGGCCCCGAAGACACACUUUUAUUCAUCACUUACUCCGGAAAGACGCAGGAGCUUUUCCUGAUGCUACCUCACCUGGAUGAAAAUCUUCCGACAAUUCUUCUGACAUCUCAUAUGAGACGAGAGACUUGCGAGUUCUUCAAGCAUCGGCCCAAGACGAUUCUAUUACCGGCACCCAUUCCCGAGGCUGAAAAUGUAUCGUUUGGAGUCCCGGCGCCAUCGUCUUCAACAACAGCGGCUCUGGCAUUGGGCGACGCGUUGGCUCUCACGGCUGCUCACGAGCUUCACUCGAAUGUCUCAACAAUGUUUGCCAAAAACCACCCUGGCGGCGCUAUUGGCGCUGCAGUCGCCGCAGUGGCUCGAGGGCCGCAGACCUUGGGUCACAUUUCCGUCCCAUGGGACGAGGUUGAUGUAACCGAGGGGCUGAGUGGCGACGAUCUUGUGCUGAGCCUGCUCCGGGCAGCGUACAGCUCAAAGACGGGGUGGGUGAGAAUUGGCGACGAGAUUGCCGUCCCAAGCAUGAUCCGAACAUUGGGCGACGCAGACAUGAUGAGACCAAUCAAGGACGUACCAGGCAUCACAGUGUCCCGCCGUCAAAUGCUGGCCAUGUCGUCGGAGACUACGGUUCGCCAGGCGCGAGAUAUCUUGGAAGACAUGCAGUCGUCUCCAAUCGAAGAACAGGAACAAGGAAUUGGCGGAACCGGAUCAGUCAUUGCAAUAACACACAGCGGGAGCAUUUUUGGCGUUUUGGAAGUUGAGCAAGUCCUCGAGUAUCAGGAUGUAUGA